CCUCAGCUGGCAGCUUGCAGCUGAAGGUAUUUCCUGUCUCUCCUCAUUUUUCUUAUUUUCUCUCUCGGCAACUUUCUCUCUUUGCCAUCGCGUGAUACUACAAAAAGGAAGAGGAUAAGAAAAAGAGCUCGCCCCAGUUCUCGCGUUAACCCUCAUCCCUAGCCAGUUCACCUUGUGAGAUAGUAAUAGUCCACGACCCCAACUAGAAACACACCCUCCUGCCGUCAUCCUGUUGCGAGGCGUACCAGCUAUGGCCGGGCCCGGGUCGUCCAAUGCUGCGUCGGACGCCAACGUGGCACAGUCCUUGAAGGUCUCGCUCGACGCCAUUGACGCGGCCGAUCCGCAGCUGAGGGAGCUCAACCGGACCAUCCACGACAACCCGGAGCUGGCGUACCAGGAAUUCUUUGCGGCGAAGACCAUCUCUGCGUUCCUGAGAAAGGAGGGGUUCGCCGUGACGGAGCAGACCUACGGGCUCGACACAUCCUUCACCUGCGAGGUCGGCCAGGGCGGUCCCCUGGUGAUCAUCUGCGCCGAGUACGAUGCGCUGCCCGGAAUCGGCCACGCGUGCGGGCACAACCUGAUCGCCACGUCCUCGAUCGCGGCGUUCCUGGGCGCCGCCGCGGCGCUCCAGUCCUCGUCGGGGCGGAUUCCCGGACGGGUGCGGCUGCUGGGCACGCCGGCCGAGGAAGGCGGCGGGGGCAAAUGCAAGCUGAUCGAGGCCGGGGCGUUCCGCGAGCCGGACAUCGUGGCGGCCAUCAUGGCGCACCCGGUGACGGCGCACCAGUUCUCGGGCGGGUUCACGGGGCUAGCGGGCCUCAAGUUCAUCGCCUCGCACAAGUUCCGCGUCGAGUACCGGGGCCGCCAGGCCCACGCGGCCGGGGAGCCCUGGAACGGCGUCAACGCCCUCGACGCGGCCGUGUCGGCCUACAACAGCGUCUCGAUGCUGCGGCAGCAGAUGCGCCCCGACGAGCGCGUCCACGGCGUCGUCGAGGACGGCGGCACCGUGCCCAAUGUCAUCACAGCCUACACGCGCAUGAACUGGUACGUGAGGGCCCCCAACAUGGAGAGGGCCGAUCAGUUGCUGGACAAGGUUCACAAGUGCUGCGAGGCCGCCGCCGCGGCGACGGGCUGUGAGAUCAAGUACAUUCCCGCCCCUACGUACAAGAACCUGAGGGUCAAUCUGCCCCUGUGCCGGCAGUAUGUCGAGGACAUGGCGACGCUGGGGGAGAAGAUCAUGGUCAAGAACGAUGAAUCGUACACCGCGUCGACCGAUAUGGGUAAGAAAAAGACACCUUUCCCCUCCACCAACGCCAACUGCACGAAAGAGGGCCCCAUCGUCAAGAACCACCCCUUGGUACCUAUGGAGAUACCUAAAUCCCUAUCGUUAUGUACAUCCAUCACUAACCAAAACGGCGGUUGGUCGGCGCAGGAAACGUCUCGUUCGAGGUCCCCAGCUUCCACGGCGCGUUCCCCAUCCCCACGGACGCCCAUGUCUCCAUGCACCACCCCCGGUUCGCGGGCCACGCGGCCACGGACGAGGCGCACCGGGCGGCGAUCCAGUGCGCCAAGGGGAUGGCGAUGCUGGCGCUGCGCGUGCUCACGAACCCUCAGCUCGCGGAGGAAGCGAGGAAGGAUUUUGAGAACCUGGAUGAGUGAUCGAGCUUGCCACGUGAAUGAAUGGACGGGCGGAAGACCUAGUCGGGAACUCGGGUCCGCUCUCUACGUCUUGACAUCGCUUACAACAAAUCCUGGCGACAGAUGUAGUUACGAUCAUCUGAAUCUGGGGAUCGGAUGGAUCGUUCGAGAUGCGCAGAAAGUGAAUUGAUUGUGUAUAAUCUAUGUGAAUCCAGAUAAGAGUAACUCCAAGCGACCUGCACCAGCUGGACAUGCGCAGCCUCGCCCUCUUGACCACGCCCAACACCGUAUCUUCCAAUCUCUGCAUCUAUAAGUUUACAAUCUCUAUCGGUUUCAGACACCUGAGGCGGCGAGUGCGGCAGGACUCUGAGGCAGG